AUGGCUUACGCCCUGCUGGGUGUGAUCCUGUGUGGUCCCUACUCUGCCCAGGGCAGGGCAGCUGCUGGCAGAGGCUGCACACCACAACAUGGCACCCCGAGGCUCUGGGCUCCUAGUGGCAGUCUUCCUCCUGGGGCUGUCGCCCUGGCAGCCAGCGACAAGCCCACUGCCUGCCAGUGCUCAAGGCUGAACCCCCAAAACAGGAAGAACUGUGGCUUCCCCGGCAUCACCAGUGACCAGUGCUUUGACAUGGGGUGCUGUUUCGACUCCAGCGUCGCCGGGGUUCCCUGGUGUUUCAAUCCUCUCCCAAUGCAAGUGUCAGAGCAGUGUGUCAUGGAGGUGAGCGCCCGCAAUAACUGUGGGUACCCCGGCAUCAGCCCAGAGGACUGUGCCUCCCGGAAGUGCUGCUUCUCCGACACCAUCCCUGGCGUGCCCUGGUGCUUCUUCCCUCUCCCUGUGAAUGAAGCCCAGCUCCAGGCCCCUUUCCAUAAGAAGCCUGUGCUCUCUUCCUCUAGUGAGGUUGAUCUCAGCUCUCCCAUGUCCACCCUGUGA